UUCUGUUCGUGUAUGCAGCUCCAAACACUGACGUUAUAAAACUCAAAAUAAAAUCCCAGAAAUAAAUAUUGAGAAAAGCGGUCAGGGCAAGUCCACCAACACCUUCCACAGUUCCAUGGACGCCUCGAAAUCGAAAUAUUGAUUCACCACUCUGUCUUCCAACACCAUAUUCUCGUCAAAGAUCCAUUUUUUACCCCAUUUCUCGACGAUUCAAGCUCAUGGCUGCUGCUAGCUUCAGACAGCAUCCGAAGGCCGAAGAAUUACCCGAUCCAGACAUCCCAUCUACGUCGUAUUCAUCAUCAUCUUCAUCUUUAAACAAGAGGAAAUGGUCGAAUUUUCUCCCCAUUUUGGUGGGUCUGGUGGUGAUAGGGGAGAUUGCGUUUCUGGGCCGUCUCGAUAUGGUCAAGAACGUCGACAUAGUCAACUCCUGGGCCGACUCCUUCUACCACUUCACCCAAACCACGUCUUCUUCAUCCUCCUCCCCGUCCCGGACCCUCGAAUACGCCGGGUCGGAUCGCCACCCAGUCCCGGAGCUUGUCGACAGCUGCGAAGCUUGGUUGGAGAAGAAGGACUCUGUGCCUUAUUCUAGGGAUUUCGUUAAAGACCCAAUUUUGGUAAUUGGGGCUGAUGAGGAGUUUAAGACCUGCAGUGUUGGAUGUAAGUUUGGGUAUGAAGUGAAUAAGAAACCCGAUGCUGGAUUUGGACUUCCUCAGUCAUCUGGAACUGCAGCUGUGCUUAGGUCAAUGGAAGCAGCCUCAUAUUAUGCUGAGAAUAAUAUUGACAUGGCACGACGUCGGGGGUAUGACAUUGUAAUGACAACCAGUCUUUCAUCAGAUGUGCCUGUUGGAUAUUUUUCUUGGGCUGAAUACGAUAUGAUGGCUCCAGUUCAACCCAAAACUGGAAGUGCUAUAGCUGCUGCUUUCAUUUCUAACUGUGCUGCUAAGAACUUUCGGCUGCAAGCAUUGGUUGGACUUGAGCAAGCAAACAUCAAAAUUGAUUCUUAUGGAGGUUGCCAUCGGAAUCGUGAUGGAAAAGUGGAUAAAGUGGAAACAUUGAAGCGUUACAAGUUUAGCUUGGCUUUUGAGAACUCGAAUGAGGAGGAUUAUGUUACUGAAAAGUUCUUCCAGUCUCUUGUUGCGGGCACUAUUCCUGUGGUUAUUGGCGCCCCUAAUAUCCAAGAUUUCUCUCCUGGUCCUGGUUCAUUGCUGCAUAUCAAGGAGCUCACAGAUGUUGAUUCUGUUGCCAAGAGGAUGAAAUACCUUGCUGACAAUGACAGUGCAUUUAAUGAAUCAUUAAGGUGGAAAUAUGAGGGGCCAUCCGAUUCUUUUAAGGCCCUUGUUGAUAUGGCUGCAGUACACUCAUCAUGUCGACUAUGCAUUUACUUGGCAACCAAAAGCCAAGAGAAAGAUGAAAAGCGACCAGAAUUUCAAAACCGCCCCUGCAAGUGUACUCGUGGCUCAAAAACUACAUACCACAUAUAUGUCAGGGAAAGAGGAAGGUUUAAGAUGGAAUCCAUUUUCCUAAGGUCAGAUAAAUUGACCCUCAAAGCCCUAUCCUCUGCUAUUGUGCAAAAGUUUAGGUCGCUGAAACACGUUCCUAUCUGGAAAAGUGAGAGGCCAGAGAGCAUAAGAGGCGGGAAUGAGCUAAAAGUCUACAAGAUAUACCCAGUCGGGCUAACACAGAGGCAAGGAUUAUACACCUUCAAACUCAAUGGAGAUUCGGGUUUGAGGGAGCACAUAGAGAGCCACCAAUGUGCCAAGUUUGAGGUGAUAUUCGUAUAGGUUUUGACAUGGAAAAUCCAGGAAUGGGGUCUCGGGUAGGUUGUCGCCCGACACUCUUCUCUUCCUCACCCUAUUAACUUUUGUAUGAUGGCUGACUCUAGGAUUUGUUGCUCCACUUUUCUUUAA